UAUGACCUAGAGUUAUUUCAAAACGCGGCGUUUGUUUGCCUUAUUUUUAAUAUUAAAUUUAGCAUUUAUUAAAACAAAAAUGUCUAGCACAUCUCAAAAACAUCGCAACUUUGUUGCUGAGCCCAUGGGGGAAAAAUCUGUCACUGACUUAGCAGGAGUCGGUGAAGUUCUUGGAAAGCGUUUGGAAACUGCAGGUUUUGACAAGGCUUAUGUCGUGUUAGGACAGUUUUUAGUGCUCAAAAAAGAUAAAGAACUUUUUCAAGAGUGGAUGAAAGAAACCUGCAGCGCUAAUUCCAAACAAUCAGCAGAUUGCUAUCAAUGUCUUAAGGACUGGUGUGAUGAAUUUUUGUAAACAAUUGAGUACCUGUAAAAUAAGCAUCCUUAACAUUAUUUUAUAACAUAUAAUUAUAAAAUAUUAUUAUUGUAUUGUUAUUGACUAAGGACAAAAUGUAAAUAAUUUUUGUAACAAUGUUUAAGAUUAAUGUCAAUCCUAGAGAGUAUUGCUGUGUAUCCUGCCUGUUUUGUAUCAUGCUGCAUGUCAGCUAUUAAUGAUAAUAACGAAAUGUUGUCAAUUAUUAUUUUAAUUGAAAAAUCUUUUUAUAUAUAUAAAAAAUACAGAAAUAAUUGUGUUUUCUUAUCUUUUAACUUCAAUGACAAUGUGAAAUGCUAUUUGCAUUUGAUAUUUUCUCUUAUCUAACCUGGUCAAAAAGCGAGAGGAGGCCUUUAGCCCAGCAGUGGGACAUUCACAGGCUGUAAUGGAUUAUGUAUUUUCUCUCAAAAGUAUUUAUAAUUUUUAUAAUUAUUUUUGAUGUUUCCAUCACAGGUGACCAAGCUAAUAUUAAUUAAUUUUUAUACACAUAUAAAAGAUUUGACUACUUUAUAAAGUGUAAGCAUUCAUAUUAUAAUUAUAUAUUUUGGGUGGAGUAAAUGAAUCUUAAGUGACAUCACCAUGAUGAUGGGAACCAUAUUAUUUCUAAAACAAGUUGAGCAUUCCUUGAUAAAUAACUUAGGGGAACAUUAUAUUAUUAAUAUUUUGCAUGCAUGACAGCACAAAAGGCAUGGAUUUGUUACUAAGGGUCAGAAGAUAAAACUACAAAUUUUAACAAAUAUUUUUAAAUAUAACACUACAAGAAACAAGUGUUUUAUUUCAUAAUAGAAUCUAUAACCUGUAACAUUGUAUUAUUUAAUUAAAUGAAAACAGCUUUUUAUAUUUGCUAUAAAUAUAUAAUUUAUUCAUGAAGAUAAUAUUUAGACCAAUGAUAUGAACCAUAAACAGAAAAUUGAAAGACACAAUUUGUCUACUAUAGUAGUUGUUUAUAGGGAAAGAUAAAAAAAUCAGGGAUUGCUUGUAAUGGGUUUUGGUUAUGGCAUCCUGUGACUCAUGUUGGGAUUUCUCAAGUGCCUAUUAAUGGUUUAAAUUAAGUACAAAUAAACUGUUUAGUUUAAAAAAAAAUUAAUAUUUGGACAAAUUAAAAAUAGAUUGUAGUGCAUAGUGUAAAUGCAUCCUAAUAUUUUCAGAGUAUGAUUAUACGCAGUACAGACUGAUUAUAGUCACUCUGGUGGAAAAUUAAAUGCCCUAUAUUGGUCUCUCUCAGAGGAUAAAGUAAAGUAUACAAUGUUCAUUACUCAUACACAACAAAAUAUUGUUUCUUUUUCAAACCAGUAAAUAAACCAUGCCAA